CGAAUCCUGUAUAUUUUCGAAGUAGAAUAUCCAAUGAAUUCAGGAAAAAUAAAUUCUUGACUAGCUCAGAAGAAGUCAUAUUUGCAUAUAAGAAAGGAUUGGCACUACUGAAUCGUGGAUCGGUUGUAUAAGAUGUUUUCUACUUCAAUAUUUAUUCUAAGGAGAAGUUUAUGUGUAUCAUACCCAUCAGCAUUCAAACAUACCUUGGACUAUUCUCGAGUGCCUAAAAUACAAGAGCUUGAUCUGUCAGAGCAGUUUGUUAGAGGUGGUGGCCCAGGCGGUUCUGCUGUAAACAAAAAUGCUAAUUGUGUAGUGCUGACCCAUUUACCCACAGGUACAGUUGUGAAAUGCCACAUAAGUCGAAGCCAAGAUGAAAACAGAAAGCUAGCUCGUGAAAUGUUGAUUGAAAAGUUAGAUGAGACCUUAAAUGGAGAACAAAGUGUAGCUGCACAGAGAAGACGACUUGAAGAAAAGAAAUAUAAGAGAAACGAAUACAAAAAGAAAAAAAUGGCGCAACUUAAGAUCGAAUGGAAGAAACGGGAAGGUCUAGUGUGAUUAAAUGUAGUCCAUUACUACUUAGGAUAUAUACAUAUAUAUAUAUAUAUAAUUUAGGAUCACCUGUAUAGUUAUUAUAUUGUUAAUGAAUUUAAAGAAACUUACCAUAAUAAUUCU